UCUAAACGUUUAUUGUUGACGGCGAGUUUGUUGGGCGAGGCUUUGAUGAUUGUUUUAUGAAAUUAUUCAAAUUAGAAACGAUUUUUUUCACAAAUUCCUAAUGAGAACUCGUUAAGAAAAUGCGGAAUACCUUGCUCCUGCUCGCUGUGACGAGCUGUGUGUACACCCAAGUGCCGGAUUCUCAGGCGCCCUUCAACCCCAAUUACCCGCAGCAGCCUUACCCGCCGGACAACAACCAGAACGGAACGCUGUAUCGGCCAAACCCGCAAGUACCGUACGGUAGUUUUCCCGUAGGCGGAAACGACUACAACCAACAGCCUCAAAGCUCAUUUUACGGCCAAAGCACCUAUGGUGAAAAUUUUAACAGUGAUGUCUAUGGAGGAGGUGAAAAUGAUGUUGACCCACAGAAUACUGCAAGCUAUUAUGCUAAUUUAGAUUAUGAGGAGAGGUAUAAAUGCCCUCCUAACUGGGUUCGAUUCAGGGAAUUUUGUUACCGUUUUACUAAAUCUCCAAAUCGCCCAAGAAAUGAAGCACGAAAGAUUUGCCAAGCCUUUGAAUCAGAUUUAGUGGCAGUCAAUGGCCCUGAAGAACACGGUUUUAUAAUUGACACUCUAAUGAAGAUUGAUCCUCAGAAAGGAUCAUGGUAUGUUGGAGCUCAUCAGCAGACUCCAAACUACUGGGCCAACGAUGUUGAUGGAACCCAGCUAACAGGGUUAGAAAAUGCAUUUUUUGAAGAUCGAACCUUAACUUACAAUAGCUAUAAUUUACUUCCCAAGGAUUACUUAAUUUACAAAUUCUCGCAAGAGGAGGGCCGUUGGGGCUUGGCUGCUGUUGAAGGUACACAAUAUUACCAUUUUAUAUGUGAAGGCCAAACACAGAGAUUACGCUAUCUAAUUGAGGAUGAGAGAUCAUUCACUUAUGGACUUGAUACAUUUGACCCUGAGAGAAUCCCACAAGGUCCUUAUUUUAUAAAAGAACCUGUAGAUACAGUUUAUGAUCCAUUGAAGAAUCAACAUGUGGAACUAACAUGCGUGGCAGGUGGUUACCCUGCUCCCAUAUACAAAUGGUACAGGGAGGACUAUCAAGUAGAUAGUCCUGUUUUUACAGAAAUUGAGCCAUUACAAGAUCAAAGGUUCAUCCUGAGUGGUGGGACACUCAUGAUUUACAAUCCUGACGCUGACAAAGACAAUGCUAAAUACCAUUGUACAGCUGCAAAUAAAUUUGGAACAAUUCGCUCUGAAUCUGUGAGGUUAUCAUUUGGUUUUAUAAGGGAGUUUAAUCAGAAGAGGCCUAUUGAAAGUGGAAACCAGUAUUGGGGUAAAGUAAUGUAUUGUGAUCCCCCGUCAUAUUACCCUGCUGUGAAUUUUUUAUGGGCCAGAAACUACUUCCCUAACCUUGUAGAAGAAGACAGAAGAGUCUUUGUGUCAAAUGAUGGGGGCCUUUACUUUUCGGCCUUAGAAACCAUAGAUAGGGGAAAUUACAGUUGUAAUGUAAUGAGUAAGGUUUCUGAUGCAGGCCGAAAUGGUCCAUUCUUUCCGCUUUAUGUUUACCCACAUUCUGAUUACCAACAAUUGAAAUUCCCCAAUAAUUUCCCGAAAGUUUUCCCUGAAGCUCCAGUUGUUGGGCAGGAGGUGAGAUUGGAAUGUGUGUCAUUUGGUUACCCUGUACCAUCAUACAACUGGACAAGGAGAAACAACCCAAUACCUAAGAGAGCCAGGUUUAGUAAUUUCGAUCGUGUCCUUACUAUCCCGAAUGUCGGCGUUGAAGAUGAAGGCGAAUACAUCUGUGAUGUAAAAAACGACAGAGCCCGCAUUGCCAAUAGUGUCUUCCUAAAAGUACAAGCAGAACCCAACUUUACAAUUCCUUUAGCAAAUAAACAUGUUGACAAUAAGGGAGAGUUACAUUGGAAUUGUGAAGCUUUUGGUAUCCCAGAUGUAAAUUAUACUUGGUGGAGAAAUGGCCAGAAACUCAGUAUGGACACAUUAGAAACAGAAGACAGGGAUCGUUAUGUAAUACAAGAUAAUGUACUUAUAAUAAAAUAUCUAGACCCAACAAGAGACCCUGGCAUGUAUCAGUGUGAAGCCAAGAAUCAACUAAGAGCUAGAUACUCAACAGGACAGCUGAGAGUUUUAUCACUGAAACCAUCAUUUAAAAAGCAUCCCCUUGAGUCAGAAACAUAUGGAUCUGAAGGUGGCAACGUCACACUGAGAUGUAAUCCUGAAGCAGCACCUAAACCCACUUUUACUUGGAAGAAGGAUAAUAUUGUAAUAGGUGCUGGUGGUAAAAGAUUUAUUGCUGAAAAUGGAAACCUGAUCAUUCGUCAACUCUCUAGGGAUGACGAAGGAGUUUACACUUGCAUUGCUAAGAACCAAUAUGGUACAGACGAAAGUAGAGGUCGUUUGAUAGUAUUAAGAGCUCCACGUUUUAUUGAGCGCCUUCCACCUCGAAUUACGACGCAAGUGAAUGAAGUUAUAUUCUUGCACUGCAAUGCUGAAAUUGAUCCCUUAUUAGAUACCGCGUAUCUCUGGAACCACAACGGUAUACGAAUAAAAGACGCUGCUGAUUUUUAUGCCGAUAAGAGGAUAAAAAUUGAAGGUGGUGAACUGACCAUUUUCAACGUGAGCCUCUCAGACGUUGGAGAUUACGAAUGUAUAGUCAAAUCCGCUAUUGGUCGUAUCUCGUCCCAUACGCAGUUGAGAAUAGAAGGUCCGCCUGGUCCACCGGGAGGCCUACAGAUACUGAAUAUUCAGCGUAAUUCGGUGACGUUAGAAUGGACGGACAGUAAUCCAAAUGGUCGUCCGAUCACUAACUACCGGGUUACAGGGCGCACGCACUGGAAUUCAACCUGGGUUCCCAUUAGCGAGAAUGUCGGCAAUGUUAUGGAAAUUGAUCGGUACAACGGACGGAAACGUGUCACUUUGACCACGGUCCUUCAACCGUGGUCCGUAUACGAGUUCAGAAUUCAGGCGAUUAACCUUCUGGGUAUCGGUAAGCCAUCUGCCCCAAGUCCACAGUUCUCCACUCCUUCAGAUAAGCCGUACCAAGCGCCAUCCAACGUUGGUGGCGGUGGCGGUAAGAUUGGUGAUCUGACUAUCACCUGGUCGCCGAUGCCGCAUGCAGUCCAAAACGGCCCUGGCAUCCACUACAAGAUUUUCUGGCGCCGCAACGGUACCGAAGUGGAGUUCCAGUCUUUGCUUCUCAAAGAGUAUGGUAACAUAGGGAUGCACGUUGUUCACAUUUCGCUCGAUUAUUUCUAUACACCAUACAAUGUGAAGGUUCAGGCGUUUAACGAUAUGGGCGCGGGGCCUGAGAGCGAGGUCGUGACUAUUUAUUCCGCUGAAGAUAUGCCCCAGGUGGCGCCGCAGAUGGUAUACGCGCGGUCGUACAAUUCGACGUCUUUGAACGUCACUUGGAACCCGAUAGAUCAGUCGCGCGACAGACUGCGGGGCAAGCUGAUUGGUCACCGCUUGAAAUAUUGGAAGCAGGCGAACAAGGAAGAGGAAUGCAUCUACUACUUGUCAAGAACUACUCGCAAUUGGGCCCUUAUUGUCGGCUUGCAGCCUGAUACGUACUACUUUGUAAAGGUAAUGGCAUUCAACUCGGCCGGUGAGGGACCAGAGAGCGAGCGCUACUUGGAGCGAACCUUCCGUAAGGCUCCGCAGAAGCCCCCGGCGUCGGUGAACGUGUGGGCCGUCAACCCGAGCACCGUGCGCGUCGUGUGGCGCUACGUGCAACCCACUGAUGAGGAGGAACCGCUGCUUGGAUACAAGGUGAGAGUAUGGGAGAUAGACCAAGACAUGAGCACAGCGAACGACACGAUAAUUCCAGUGGAACAGAAGUUGGAGGCCUACGUCACUAGCUUGACUCCAGGCAAGUCGUACAACCUCCGUGUAUUGGCGUAUUCCAACGGCGGAGACGGUAGAAUGUCCUCCCCUCCUAUCACCUUCCAAAUGGGGGACUAUCAUAGCGACGCAUACGGGUACUACGUCAAAGGAUCAGGUAACAUACAAAGAAUAAGCACACCAAUUCUGACAUUCAUGACAUUAGUUAUAUUCGUCCAAAAAUAUCUCUUUUCGUGAUGUCUCGUUCUGUCCCAAUAUUAAUCUAAGUUAGGUAUAGCCAGGUAUUUUAUAUAAGAAAUAAUUGUGAGCAAUAUUUUUGUAAGAUUUUAAAUCUGCGCUUUCUAAUUAUUAACUUACAUUACUUUUCUACGUAUAUUUAGGCUUUGAAUAGGUUGUGAUAUGUGUCCGGCCAUUUAUUUUGCAGUAUUUUUUAUAGUUUUAUUUUUUUUAGAACUCCCAGUUCGUAUUUAUGCAAAGACUUAUAUUAAUAUUUAUUGUUAUACUUGAACAAGAAUCUCCAUAGGGCAGCUGUGCUUGCUUUAUUAUCAAGACACACAAUCUUUUCUAUAACAUGUUUUUACAAUACUUUACUAAUUUCUGUUACAUCACUUACUUAUUGGUAACUGUUUUAGAGAACUUUAUUUCUAUUUAAAUAUUUACUAUAUUUUUAUACUUUACAAUGUCUUUAUUGACAAUAAUUAUUUUAUCUAAGUAUAGUGACUCACAAGAAUUCUUUAUUCUCUUUAGUCCAUAUCAUUAAGAAUCUCGUAGAUUUAGUAAAGAUUUUUAUGCAGCUUGUUUGUACCACCAAUCCGAGCCAUUUUUGCGUCUAUCUAGUAUAGAUAAGUUUAUUGCACAGAAUAGAAGAAAGAAGUUGGAAGGGCCAAGUGCCCUCCCCUCGUUCGCCAACUUUACGACACUCGGACCUCCGCGUAAUUUCAAAUUUCAAAUUUAUCAAAAAAAUAUUUUUGUAUUUUACGAAAAGUAAUGAUAAAAUUGCAGCCUAUCACAUAAAAUUGUACAUUGUCGGUAAAGUGGCUAUGGAAUUUAUAAAGCUGUAGAGAUGUCGUAGGAGUAUUAAAAAAAGCGCGUUAGGGCCUUUCCAACAUCUUUCUUCUAUUCCGUGGUUUAUUGUUAUAUAAGUGGGCUUGCAUACAAUUUUGUAGUAGUACAAAUGUGAAGGAAACAGUGUUCAACAUGACAUUAUUGUAAUUCAGUUGUAAGUAAAUGGAAGAUGCCUUAUAAAUGUUACUAAAUGUACUGUACUGAUUAUUGAACUGUUUGUAAUUAAAAUGUCCCACAAAUUA